CAGGUACGACUGUACUCGAGAGUCGACUGAGCAGUGCACGCAAUCGCAGAAGCCGCCGCGCUCGUCGGCGAAAAGUGAAAAUGGCUUAGUGACUCCGCGCGACGCAACAAGUGGGUGCGCACCAACAGUCGCAACGAGAUGUGACCUCUCGCCACGCCAACAAUUGGCCAAAAAUACUUAAUACAAUCACCCAAAACUAACUACUUACGACCUAACGAACAAAUUCCGAAAUUCAGAAGGUGUAAAAAAUGCGUGACUUCUUCGUGAAGUCGUUGGUGUUUGUGUGCGCGGCGUUGGUGUGCGCUGCCAACGCCGAUCUGACCAUUAGCGGACCGCGCUGCGGUGUCUUCACAUGCAAGCCGCACGAAUUCUGUUCAUCGUUCGAGAACCAGUGCAAAGGGUGCGCGGAUAUUUGCGAUAAGGACUCGCACAAUUUCGAAGAGAAAUUGUGUGUGGAAACAUGCCAAGGUUAUUUGCACGACAUUAGAUACGUACGAGUUGGACAAAGUACAGAUAAUCGAGUUGCUAUUGGUAAUUCACCAUAUAAUAACAAUAAUUCCUACAAUUCAAAAGAUAUUGACAAACUAUACACAUUAGUGACAGUUGCGUUGGUGCUUAUAAUUCUGUUGAUAUUGGCUAUUGUUGGAUAUGCAGGUUAUAAGUGUCAUAAAUGGGCCAAAAAGAAUGAUAUAAAGCCAAACAACAUCAUAAGCUACUUUAAGCGUGAAAAUAACAACGAAGAUGUAGAAAAAGGCUCUCCUAACGGUUUGUCGACAGCGUCGACUGCAACUCCGCGACAAGAUCAAAAAAACCUUCGACUGGACAUAACGAACACGAUGUCCGGUUCGGAGCAGCCAACGACCCCGGCCACGAUGACUACGUCGAUAAGUCGGCGGCCGGCCGAAGACAGCGCUUUGGACUACGCGUAUGAUAAUCACGCAAUGGCGGGCACGCCAAGUCCGCACACGGGCAAAACCGCACGCGAAUCCAACUUCUGAUUAGCGAAGACAAUAUCCAUAGCAUCGUAAACGUAAAUAUCAUUUUCAUAUAUUCAAUCAUUCACCGAUUGCCACAAGCCGCCAUUUGAAAAAAUAACUGAAUUUAAAUUAAAAUUUAAUUUGCACAUUGUUUGAAAAACAUGUGCGUCGAAUUGUGUAGCGUUGAGGUAUGUAUAUCAAACUAGUCAGUAAGCGCUGUAAAAAAUCAUUAACUUAAUUUAUGUUGUAUAUUUGAAUCGUGCAAUUAAAUUACUUAGCAAAUUAGUUUGCAUGAUUCCACUGUGGCAAAUGUACUUAAUGCAAGAAUAAUAUCCAUAUCGAGACUUAAACUCAUAAUUAGAGAUUAAUUAUAGCAUUAAUUGAAUUAAUUGAUUAAGUUGCGAUGGUAUAAUUUCAGAUCUGAAGAAAUAUUUAAUUUUUAGCUCAUAAACUGACGAUUUCUUUCUAAGAAUUUCAAAAUUUGAAAGAUCUGACAUGGUAUCACCUUAAAACUUGUGACUAAUAUAUUAUUAGGUUAAGUUAGGUUAGAUUAGGUAAAGUUAGGUAACGGUAACCACUCCAUACAUCACAUUCCGGAGUAGUUAAGUACUUAAGUAAGAAUUUUUCAUGAAUCUAUUGACGUACGCCAUUUAUUUAACAGCAAUAAUUUGAUAUGUUUAAUUAUAAGUAUUAUUUUUAUGUAAUUAUUAAUUAUAUACUAUUCAUUUACUCAAUGCUGUCUUGUAUUAUGACAUUUAUUCUAGUGUUUAAUGUUUAAUAAUUUUUGUUUGUUUUUGUUUUUUUUGUUUUGAAAUAAUAUUUUCGUUGUGAAUCGCCACUGUAUAUACGAAGAUUCCGCUUAUCAGCUUGUGCAGUCCGUCCAUUAAUUGUAAACGUUAUUGAAUUGCAUCGUCCGUGUAACAUUUCGAUGUGCGCUUAGCAAUUUAAUACGAUUAGUUUAGUGUUUACUUGUAAGUAUAUGUAUGUAUGCGUUUAAACUGUAUUAGUGUAUAGUCAGAUAUUCUUGUUUUCGGUGUAACUGGAACACGUGUAGACGCGUGAAGUGAUUGUGAAUGUAAAUUUACACAAUUUAAGAAAUGAAACAAUAAAAAUAUGCUACAAAUCUGUAA